CUAUCAGCCGUUUAUAGCGAUUUGUUGAAUAGAAGGGCGUGGCGCAUAUAAACUACACCCACCUCCUAAGUUCCCUGUCAGGUCCAACCUCAUGCUAUAUAAAGCUGUGUGCGUACAGACGGUUCAGUUAUUUGUGACAAACAACUGGUGAGAAUGUCUGGACGCGGCAAAGGAGGAAAAGGACUGGGGAAAGGAGGCGCUAAGCGGCACAGGAAGGUGCUCAGGGACAACAUCCAGGGCAUCACCAAGCCCGCCAUCCGCCGCCUGGCACGGAGAGGGGGAGUCAAGCGCAUCUCUGGUCUCAUCUAUGAGGAGACUCGUGGGGUCCUCAAGGUUUUCCUGGAGAAUGUCAUCCGGGACGCCGUCACCUACACCGAGCACGCCAAGAGGAAGACCGUUACCGCCAUGGAUGUGGUGUACGCUCUCAAGCGCCAGGGCCGCACUCUCUACGGCUUCGGCGGAUAAAUCUCUUCCUUCCCACUAAUCUUAUACCCAAAGGCUCUUUUCAGAGCCGC